CCGUUGACUGGCUUCCUUUUCGAUAAACAAUAAACAAUAAAAAAUGAAAAAAAAUAAAUAAAAAUGUAAGAUGUGUAUAAUUUGAGAUACCAAAGUAACAAAAAGAAUAUAUAUUUAAUUUAAAUGAGUUAGGAAACAAUUUUUAAAAGAUGAUUAAAUUACCGUGCAUAUGGUGGUUUAAUUUGGGCGUUCAGUGCGUUCUUUUUCUAUAUGCAAAUGCAAAAUGUCCAGACAAAUGCCUUUGUAGAAAUGCUAGCCCAAAUACUACCUCUACCUGGAAUAAUUUAAGGGUAAAGUGUGGAGGCAGCGAGGAUAAUUUAUGGAAUCUUAAUAUGCAAAAUUUUGAUUUUGCCGAUGAUACUGUCAAUGUGGUUACGUUAGAUUUAAGCAAGAAUGGGUUAAGCACCAUCGAAAAGGAGUAUUUUCGAAAUAUGACGGAACUCAAAAGGCUAGAUUUGUCGGGGAACUUGUUUAAAGUUAUAGACAAAAACACUUUUGGUGAUGCUUUUGAAAGUUUGGAAAAGUUGCGCUUAAAUAACAAUUCAAUAUCCCACAUCUAUCCAGGAUCUUUCGAUCACUUAACAAACCUUAAGCAGUUAGAUAUAUCGCACAAUCCAUUGACUUGCGAUUGUGAUUUGGUUUGGAUUGUCAAUUGGUCAAAUAGCCGAUUUGUGAAACUACAGCCCCCCCCAAGAUGCGAAUCGGAAGAUUUUAAGGGAAUGUUUUUGAAAAGGUUGGUCAUUGGUGUUGAUUUAUUCUGUGAGUCUCCGUUGCAGCCUUUACUCGAAUUUAUUCCAAAGAAUAAUCAGGUGGUAUUUGAAGGAGACGAAUUAAUUUUAAAGUGCCGAGCACCGCGAGUGGCAAUUGGAGGCCAUCGUGAAUCUGAAGACCUUCCCACAAGAGCACACGUGUUUUGGGGCUGGUCGGAUAAAAUUCGUAGCAAAAAUUCCACAGACGAUAUUAUAUAUCACGAUCCCACCAAAGUUCUUAACGAUGUCCACCAAGAAAGCAAACAUACAACCGAUUCGGGAAUACUUAAUUCAGUGCUACGAAUAGCAAGUGUAAGAAAAAAUCAUACCGGAACUUUCGAUUGUACACUGCGAUCGCAACAAGCAAAUCUGUCUCAUGCCAUUGUCGUAAUUGUUAUUGCCAAAAAUACGUUGUACUGUAAAGCCAUUGAUGUUAAAACCAACAAAGGCAAUUAUCACUGGCCCCAGACAGUACGGGGUCAGACGGUAGAACAGGAAUGCAAAGAAGAAUCCAACAAUGACCAGGUGGCUACAUAUCAUUGUGAUGAGAGGGGCAAUUGGGUUGACCUAAAUACAAAAUCAUGUGCAUUUGUCAGUCCCACCACUCGACUUUUAGAACAAUUUGCCAAAAUGGAUCUCAAUUUAAACCGAGCAAACGUACUAGAAAUUGCACGAAGUGUUCACAACUUUACUCACACAGCUGCCAACCUUCGCCGUGUUCAAGAUCCCAUAGAUUUGGAAUUCGUUGCGAGAACUUUAGUCAAGUAUCUAGAUUUUAUAGCGUACCAAAAAGAACUGGCUUACCUACUGCUAGAUAUAGUAUCACAGCUAUUAGCAUUGCCUUCGAGAACGUUUUUCGAAGCACAACGAGAAUAUGAAAGUGGAUUUAAAUUGCUGAAGUGCGUGGAAGUGGCAUCAAAACAGACAUCAUUGGAGUCACCAGGACAAGAUGAUCUCAAAGAGGAUUUAAUAUCCAUGCCCCGUAGUUUUUUUGUAGACUAUUUUAAUAUAAAGCCUGAAUCGUUUUCGGGAAUUUCGUGUGUUUGGAUGCAUUCUUCGGUUUCGUCGCCACCAGUUUUUGAAUGCAGUACGUCGAAUGAUACAUUUCCCUCAUUCGAAAGAUAUGUCGAUGCUGCCAUUGAAAUACCUGUCAGUGCAUUAUUUUAUAAUAAAUCAAUAACAGCGACACAAAAGAACAUUAAACUAAUGGUGGCCGUGUUUCGUAAUGCGAACUUGUUGCCUCAUUUGUCAGAUAAUGGCAGCAUUUUGUUAUCGUCCCCCAUAAUUGGGGCCAAAAUCGUUGCCGACGAUCAGGCCAUUUCCAUCGAUCUGGAUGAUAUUGACGAAAGGCAUCAGAUUGUCAUUAUAUUACGUGUCCAUCCUUAUCACAAUGAUAAAAGUAUACCAAUACCUGCAUGGUGGGAUGCCGAAAACAAAAUGUGGUCACCCACCGCAUGUCAACAGCUGUACUUACAUCGAGGACUGCUAAUGUUUUCGUGCAAGCGCCUGGGCUAUUAUGGGCUGCUACAACAUUCAUUAUAUUUGAAUGACUUUAAAAGCGAUGAUGCCGGCGCACGUUUUCGUUUCCUACCGUACCCCAUAUAUAUAGGCACCGCUGUUCUCUUUGCCUGUUUAACCAUUAAUAUAGUAACAUUUGUGGUUUUUGGCCGAUCCAUUCGCAUCAAUCGUCAACAACGGCACACAUUUAUCAACACUUGGCUGGCUUUGGCAAUCUUAUCGCUAAUAUUUACACUGGGCAUCUAUCAGACCGAACGACAGGACAAUUGCCGAUUAAUUGGCAUUCUUCUACAUUAUUUAUCGCUAUGCAUAUUAUUGUGGUUGUGUGUGAGCCUUAGUACAAUGUACAAACGCCUAUCAAAACACCAUCGAGUUAUGGACUCUGACUUGCCAAAGGAUGGACGCUUACGAAAGCCCAUAAUGGGGAUAUACCUCGUGGGUUGGGGUAUUGCAAUGAUGAUAUGUGGAAUAAGUGGAGCUGUUAAUAUUAAGGAAUAUGCUGCUUAUUCCUUUUGCUUUCUUCACAACCCAUCGGCAAUGAAUGCCAUGCUUGUUCCCGGCGGAAUUCUCUUGAUUUUCCUCUGCAUACUAUUUCUUACCAUAUAUUACCAGUUGAACCAUAGAAGCUCCGUUGCCAGUAUGGCCCAAAACAACCAAUUUUCAGAUAACACCCAGGCCACGGAAAAUAUUGAUAUGGAUUGGUUGGACUCGACACAUGGUAACACAAGGCGUACCAAAUCGCUUAACCUGGAUCAAUAUACUAGUCUGACACUCAGUAAUACAGCAGCGAGUAGCAUAGUGGAUGAUUAUGAACGUUCGAACAUAUCGCAUUUGCGAGCACAUUUCCUGUUUUUAAUACUCUUUGUUGUAGCUUGGUUGUCUGCGGUGGCCCAUGUAAUGUAUUCAUCUCAGGGGGAUGAAACGAGCCACAUCUAUUCCUUUAUCUAUUCGUUGUCCUGUUCUAUUCUUGGACUGUUUACUCUCUUGUUUUUCACGGUCACAAGGAAUGAUACACGUCAGCAGUGGGGUCAAAAUCCCUGCUGUGGCAAUGAAAAUGUAAAUGAAUCCUAUGAGGAGAAAGAUGUUGCAGCACCCAUCCUGAGCUACAAACAAUAUGAGCCAGCAGCAAACAAUUCUGGAGCCUCACGUUCGAACUCACAAUGUUCGAAACAUCGCACAAGCAAUGUGGAUGGUACCACCCAACAUUUGCUAAGCUCUGCGUCGUCUGCUCCAGCAGUUAUCAAUAAUCAACAAUUAGGCAUCACAGGUAUGUCGCAUGAAAUACCCAGCGCAGAAAUUUUUUAUAAUCCCAAUCAAAUUAAUGUGGCCCGAAAGUUCUUUAAGAAGCAAAAAAGAUUAGCCAAAAGAAAUAAUUUCGAAUUACAAAGACAAAGGGAUCGCACCGAUUAUGCGGGACAUGGGUUGGCAGACCCCCUAAGUGAUGGUUCGUCUACUGGUGGUAAUAUUUACUCCAGACGGCAUAAUGCUAUGACACUGAAGCUUUUAAGUAGCGGUAUCGGCAAGGUAAACAAUACCAAUCUAAAUUAUAAACCUGAUUACAAAGUUAGCUACAAAAACAGUGUUCAUGGAGACGAUGGGUUUUUUGUGCCAACGGCCACCAUAGCAGCUUCAACUAGUGAUCACGAGCAAAAUUCACUACGAAAACGCGGUAAUAUUUUGGCUAUGAACGUAUACACAAAUAUCCCAGAAACAAUGGCCCCGCAACAUGAAGUUCAUAAGGUCAAGUCGCGAACCCUUAAGCCCUUGGAGGAGCAUACGGAGGAAUUGGAGGAGAUUGACAGUAGUUCACACGAUGAUAAUGUGCCACUAUAUGAAAAUACGAAAAUAAGCGCAACUAAAGAUGCCGCUAACAAUAUUUUCUCUGCAUCAUUUAGUACCAAUUUACCGAGAGAUUUGCCAGCAACAUCCACACCAAAUAAAACAACUGUGCCUGCACCAACUGAAGAUAAUUUCAAAUCACUUCUUCUCGAUCACGAAGACAAAGAGGCCAUGAAUAGUUUGGGCUUGCCUCUGGCGGCUAAAUCACCAACAGCCACCGUCAAGGCCAUAAACAAUGACAUCAUAAAUAGCGAUGAGGAUGACGAUAAUCAACAGCUCGCAUUGGAUCGCAACGAAAUUUACGUAUCGAAUUCUGUGCAAAUUACCAACCGCAUUGACUUAGAGGAGGACUUUGCUUCAGUGCUUAUUCGGUGUUGCAGUCAGUCAAAGCAUUCAAAAUCUUUGAAUAAUUUAAAUAGCAUUUUUGAGAGUGUCUCUUGCGAUGUGGACAAAAAUAAUGGAAACUAUGGCUCAGAAAAGAUUUUAACACAAUCGACUGGCGGCGAGACCAACCAAAGAUGCUCCUCUUUCUCAAACGAGGAACAUUCUGCAGUGUGUGAAUCGUCUUCGACAUCGCAGACGCCACAGAAAUAUUUUUCCGAAACCACAGGCGAUGAUGUGAAUGCCUUAAUGACUGGUGCGGGCACUAGAUCUGCUAGUCCAACAAACGAAAGUGAUUUGAAUUAUCAAAACUCUGAAAUCAGUAUACGUAGUCAUGGCUUGUAUGCUCCGCAAGUUGAUAAUGACUUAACCUUGACGGACUUUCGUUACCAAUCGUCGAAUGCCAGCGAAAACGAUAUGGCAUUAAAUGACUUCGAGGAUGAAUUCUCCGUAUUUGGAACGAAUAAUUUCAGUCACGAACUUGAUGGCAAUGACAAUGAACAUGCAGAGCAGGUUGAUACAUUUAAUAAUUCAAUAGAUGAAUUGUACGAAGCUAUCAAACGAAGACGCAGCCCACAAACAGAAAGCACGUGCGAUGCCGCUGUCAGCCUUAGCCCCAUAGAAGAUGCCACAAUGAACGAAAGUCAAUCCACUACAACUGAUAUGAGUAUCAAGGUUGCCAACCUAAUUCAGCAUGCGCCUUCCACUGCCCCCAGUGCGACAAUGCUAGCUAAAGCUCUUCGGGAGAAUCUCAUGGAUGACGACAGCAGUCAGAGUAGUGUUAUUUCGUAUAUAGACCCAAAAUUAACAAGAACUUCAGCUAGCUGAACAUCACCAUCACAUGUAAUCUUGACGACGUAUUCAACAAUAUAAAUCACGGCAAACCAUUGCUUUGGAAAUUUUA